AUGAAAGCUUUAGACAACUACGAGUUGGAUAGCAAUCCAUUCUACGUUCCUCCUGGGUAUCACUUGUACCUUACAGUUUGUCCAAACGCGUUCAGAGAAGAUACCCUAACUCGAUGUGGCCAUAAUUUUCGUAGCAGCUGUUUGACGCGAUGUCUACAACAGUUUGGGUUUCGUCCCAUGUGUAGGAUGCCAUUGAAAGAAUCAAAUACUUUCACCAACAAUGCACUGAAAAGAGAAAUACUGGACUUGAACAUCAAAUGUUGCUUACAUGAAAAGGGAUUUGCGUGGACUGGUAAAUUAAGAGAUUGUGAGAUGCAUGGCCACACAGAAAAUGUCAGUAUGGAUGUUGCUUGUGUGAAUAGAUGUGGACAAUUGGUAAUGCGAAGGAACUUGGAUGAUCAUGUGACAUAUCGGUGUACUCAACGACUAAUUUCUUGUGAGGAUUGUAACUUCAAUAUAAAGCAAGUAGAAUUGAAAGAUCAUUAUAAAGAUUGCGGUAUCAAAUGGGAUACCAUAUUGGCAGGCAUGGGAACAUGUCCAAACAGCCUUUUGGAUUGCGAUUUCAAAGACAACUACUGUCAAUUUCAAGGUUUGAUUGCUCGUGCACUGAAAGAAACAAAGGAGAAAUCAGCUGCUAGUGAACUGAAAUUAGAACAUGAACUGAAUAUUGCAAAAGGAGAACUAAAAGCUACUAAAGAUAAACUGGAAAAACUAGAAAAGAACUGA